ACGGCAACUUAACUUGACGUCGAGUGUUUCAAGAUGGCGGAUGCUAACGAGAAGCUGCUGGUAGAACUUUUGAAAAAGCCUGGAAAUAACGUGUGUGCCGAUUGUGUAGCAAAAAAUCCGGAAUGGGCAUCUUACAAUAUAGGAAUAUUCGUUUGCACAAGAUGCGCUGGUGUACAUCGCUCGAUGGGGGCACAUAUAUCAAAAGUUAAGCAUCUUAAACUUGACAAAUGGGAAGAUUCUCAAGUAAAUCGAGUGCGCGAAGUGGGAAAUGCAGCGGCAAGACUACAUUAUGAAGAAAGAGUUCCACCUUGUUAUAGAAGACCGUAUCAUGAUUCGCCCCAGGUAUUGGUAGAACAAUGGAUAAGAGCGAAAUACGAAAGAGAGGAGUUUUGUCAUCCUGAAAGACAAAAUCACUAUGUGUCGGGAUUCAUGGAGGGUUUCUUAAUGAAACGGGGCAAAGAAGACGCCAGAUAUCAUCCAAGAAAGUUUGUAUUAAGCGAGGCAGACGAUACCUUAAAGUAUUAUGUUAAAGAAAAUAAGGAACCUAAAGCAGUAUUGCGGAUAUCGGAAUUAAACGUAUCAUUUGCUCCCCCUAAAACGGGUAAUCAAAAUAGUCUGCAAAUUUCAUUUAUGAAAGAUGGGACAACGCGACAUAUUUAUGUCUAUCAUGAAGAUUCUGAAGUAAUUACAAACUGGUAUUUGGCUAUUAGAUGCGCAAAACUAAACCGUUUGCAAGUAGCUUAUCCUGGCGCUACCGAAUCUGAAUUACUCGGUCAGUUAACUAAAGACUUUCCUCGAGAAGGAUUUUUAUGGAAAACAGGACCCAGACAUUCGGAUGCAUAUAAAAAAAGAUGGUUUACUUUAGAUGGUCGUAAACUGAUGUAUCAUGAUGAUCCUAUGGAUGCCCAUCCCAAGGGAGAAAUAUUUUUGGGAAAUACUUCAGAGGGUUAUGCUGUUAAAAUGGGUGUUCCUCCGGGUGCUCGAGACCAAGGAUUUUCAUUUACCCUUGAAACACCUGACCGAAGUUAUCUUCUCUCCGCUCAAAAUGAAGAUGACAGAGCUCAGUGGAUGAGCGUUUUUCAAAAAGUUAUAGAUAAGCCUCUAACACCUCAAGACGCAAAUGUUGCGGCACGUCUUGUGAGAAAACGCACUACGAGUGGUACAAUAAAUAUAUUUUCAUCUACAAGGUAGGGCUGGGUCUUACCUAAAUAGGCAAUGAACCUAAUUCCCUGAGCAUCGUUCUAUAUAUUAAACAAUAAACGAUGCAUAGACAAACAAAUUUUUAUAAACGAUAUAAUAUUAGUAAAUUUCGAUAAAGCUGUGGUAUGCUGCUUGAAUUUUUUUUUAAGACGCACAAAUUAGCAUCGAGUGACUAUAUUUUUAUUGCGUAUGUGCUCCUGUACUAAAUAAUUAUAUAAUACAGAAAACUGGAAUUUAUUAUCGAACAUUUGCAAUAUGUAAACUGAAAAGGUUUUAAAUUAUCAUUUAUACUUCAGUAUUUUAUAGUUUUAAAAAAAGUUGUUGGAGUAUUGACUAAAUACUCAAAUCGUGCACAGAAGACGUCUCAGAAGACCUAUUUGAUGAUAUUAGAGUAAGAAACUGGUAAUCUUUAAUAGCCAGUCCAAAUUUCUACAUGUUACUUAAGUUUCGUAAAGUAUCAUAAAGAAAUUCUAUUCUAGUAAUACUCUUCCUUCUGGCGUUUGUUUGUUGUAAAUGUACCUAAUGUAACUGUUUUCAUAAGCAAUAAUGAAUGAACGCCGCCUUAGUGAUAAAUCUUUGUUGUAAAUGUUUGUGCUAAGUACUGAAAUGUCAUUGCGAGGCUUCAGAAAAAAUAAACGAUGCUGACUUCCUAGCACUAUUUGAAAAACAAC